AUGGUGAAGUCCGAUCAAACCGCCCUAGAUGAGGAGCUGACGACUGCUGUGCGUCCGAUGGAACAGCUGGCACAGCAUUGCAACCAGAAAUACUAUCUCGCCGUGCUGUUGGUGUCUUUUUGUGGAGUGAUCGUUGUGGCAGCCAUUGCGCUUGGGUUCUACGUUAUCCUGCCAGCUUCAGUGCUUUCGCAACAACCAACUGAACUAAGACCCGCAAGUGAGCCAGUUGAAGAAGAUGUUGGAACCUUAGGGAAGGUGUACUUCAAGGCGGAAGCUCAUGAUGUGCUGGUGGGAUCACUACACCUACUCGAGCUUAUGGAAAAGCUAGAUCCAUUGGUACAACAGGCGCGUUAUCGACGAGAUCUGUCGGAACAGGUACCCAAUAGGAUCUCACAGGACGAUCGUUCGGAAGAGAUCACGUACGGUGUUCGUAGACGUGUACAACGUGAGUUUGACCUUGGCACAGUUCCAGUAGCGUAUCGGAACGUUGGUCCAGAACGUCGAUCGCGCGUACGACGUGCUGCAGGUGUUCCUGUGGAGCUGGAGGAGUUAGAACGAGCAAAGCGGAGUGCGGAGAAGGACUUCCGUCGUCUAGAGAAAGAGUACCACCGUUGCCGGAAAGAGGCUCCAAAUGGGAAGUUGUGCGAUCAGAUCUACGAAAAGUUCCAGCGGCUUUCAGAUGAGGUGAAUGCGCGUUUCACCGAGAUGGCUAAUCUGCUGCAGGGUCUUCAUGAUCCUCAUGGGACCGAUCAAUCCAGUACAGAGCAUGAGAAAGCAAGUAGCACCGAAUGGACGCCUGUUUCUAGAGCUCAAGACUCGGAAAUGACGACUUUCGUCAUGCAAACUACAACGGAGUUGCCCGAUGUGACGAUGGCGUUUGAUCUAAGCCAACAUCUACCGGUCGAGAACAGCUCCAUCCGAAGUUUAGACGACCUAUUCGAUCAUUUGCGGUUGAGUGAUCCGUUCGCAGUGACCUCUACCGAGAUGUCCUCCGAAUCAGUGGAGGUGAUGAGUCAGUCCAGUACCAAUCCGCCGACGACAGUGACGAUGCCAAAGACGACCAAUCCGACGACGAAAAGAACGACAACUCGAAGUCCUCUACAAGCAGCUCGGAACUUGCACGACGUCGUAGAUCAGCUACAGCUAGCGCAGAUGAUCCACCCACACCCAUUCCACGAAGACCUACUGCAUAACCCACCAUCUGCUGACAUCGACGAUUUCGUGAUGGCACGAUCCCGCAAUCGAGGUGAGACCCAACACGACCAGAAGCUAACACCCGCGAGUCAGGGCUCGGACUCAGGACCUUUAGUAGGUCGGCAGGAUGUGUCGAUAGAUCCGAUGCGAUCAGCGCAGUAUCAUCCACUUGUGGUGGGUCCAAGUGCACCCUUCCUAAACUUAUGCGAUCAACUCCGAUCGGCCAACUCUGGUGGUCAACUUACGCCACCAGUUCAUUCGAACGGCUUCCAGCAGGUACACUCGAACGCACCUGGCAUUCCAAUCACCGGUGAAGCCACCAAAGCCUCCUCCCAGAUCAUCGUCAACUCGGCAUAUGGUGGAGGUUAUGUCCCAAACACGGUGUGUUUCUACCAGAACGCACCACCGGCUUAUUCCUUCCGACCGGCGUACCAGACAUACCCUCAAGGAGGCUACUCGCAGCCACAUCAUGGCGGAGGUAAGCUUCCGCUGAACGACCCAUCGGUCGAUGCACUCAUCCAGCCACGUGCUCCUGCAGCCAUGAUUAACAUGCCCGUGAGCAUCCAGAACCUGCAUCAUCCUGGCGCUCCUCGAGUGGCUGGAGAUGAUCCAAAUGCUUCAGCCUCAGGUCCCGUGCUACUUUGCUCGAUGGUCCACGCAGCUGAGCAGCCUCAACACGACCAGAGACAUCACACAACCAACACCAACCCCACCAACGAUACACACGCACCUGAGGACGACUUGACGGCGAUGUUCGCAGCGGGUCAUUCUUCGGCGGCUCGUGCUAAAGGUCGGCAUCACUGCCGUCGAGGUUGGGUACCUUGUUUCAGUUCACAUCAGUGCGUUAAACGAGCCAACUGGUGUGACUCCAAGACGGAUUGUCUCGAUGGUAGUGAUGAGAGUGCGUGCUCGUGUGUGUCACGACUUCCGAGUCGGAAGCUGUGUGACGGAUACGCCGACUGUCCACUCGGUAUGGACGAGAUGGGAUGUUUCGGAUGUGAUCGAUUUGCGUUCUCCUGUUUCCACACGGCUGCUGAGCACAAUGCGGCUAGUCAUAGAGCUGCUGGACCACUUUGUUACACACUGCACGAACGAUGUGAUGGCUUUGAUCACUGCCUGAACCGCAAGGAUGAGCAGGACUGUGCGAUGUUGGUGCGUGAUAUGGGUCAUUACCUCGCGUACUCGGUACCACACUCGGUGGGUGUGUUGCACCGGAACUUUCGCGGCAAAUGGUACCCGGUGUGUCACAACCCAGUACAAUGGGCUCGGGAAGCCUGUGAGUCUGAGCUAGGACCUCAAUUGGGUCGUGAACCGCAAGUUAGUCAUGGACACGGUAGUCUUCCUGGGCCGUACAUCAGUCAGCGAGCUACGGGUGUUCUGGCAGAGCCCGAAUUUAGUGACACCUGCAAUGGCGUGUACGUACACGUCCGAUGUCCACCUGUUCGGUGUGGAACGAGUCGAUUACAUGAACAGCACGCUGCUCGCAUCAGUGUCCGAACGAGACGAAAUGUCACCGAAGACGAGCUGGUCGAGAGUGUACGUAUCGUGGGAGGUAGUCAGGCUGAGCCUGAGGCGUAUCCAUUCAUCGUGGGUAUUUUCCGGGACGGCAAGUUCCAUUGCGGUGGUAGCAUCUACAACGAACACUGGAUCAUCUCGGCAGCACACUGUUGCGACAAUUUCGAUCAGCACUACUUCGAGGUUCGCUCAGGUAUGUUGCGUAAGCGUAGCUUCGCACCACAGGUACAGAUCACGCGUGUCACGCACAUGAUCAUACACCACGCGUACAGCUCGGCUCUUAUGGCGAACGACAUUGCGUUGAUGCGUGUGGAGCAUCCUUUCCUGUACAAUCGUUGGGUGCGCCCAAUUUGUCUGCCUGAACGUCACAGGACGACUGACGAUCGGGACUGGAUGUGGGGUCCUAAAGCGGGUACAAUCUGCACUGCCGUCGGUUGGGGCGCCCUUCGAGAACGUGGUGGAGCACCUGACGCCCUGAUGCAGGUGUCCGUGCCAAUUCUGGCCACCUGCAAACAUCGAGCCGACCGCGAUAGUCUGCAGAUUUGCGCUGCAGAGGAAGACGGCGGACAUGACGCCUGUCAGGGAGACUCUGGAGGGCCGUUCGUGUGUCAGAGCAAAUCGAACCCAUUCGAGUGGUACUUGGCUGGUGUCGUGAGCCAUGGUGAAGGUUGUGCAAGACCGCACGAACCGGGUGUGUACACGCGUGUGGCCCUGUUUAUCGAAUGGAUCGCUCAGAAGGUGAAGGAUCCGCUGCCAUCACGUACUGCCCGAUCUGACUGUCCUGGAAUGCGGUGUAUCUGGGGUGGUGGCAUCUGUUUGCCACCGGGUAAGAAGUGCAACGGUUAUGUCAACUGUCUUGGUGGAGAAGACGAAUCGGGCUGCGAGAUGGACCUACUGUUACGUUCGAUGGCGCAGAGAGAGAGUACAGACAGCGAGGGUAAUGAAGAUCAAGAGGCGAACGACAGCCAAGAUGGCACGGAGCAUCAGGACAAUGAGGCGAUCACCGCCAAUGUGGUACUAUCUGAAGAAAAGGCUACUUUCACGACUCGCGAGGCUAGCGGAGAGGCUCAAGAGAGCAUGAUCGUGACUCAAGUGAUGCACACGGAACCUCAAACUUCUACUACACCGGUGGUCACCUCGCCGGAAGUAGAGAGCAUUUCGAGCAUUACUACUACUGAGCAAGAUCUUACCUCAACCGUGGCCGUCUCAGAAGGCACGUCCACGAUGACACAAACGAUGUCUCUAGAGAGCUCAAGUAGCACUUCCGAGAGUUCCUCUUCGACGACAGUUUCGUCCUGGACAACCACGAGCGUUUCGACAACAACAGAUUCAGCGAUCGUUUUCCCCGAAUCAGAGACGCACCAGUCGACGAGUGGGUUCGAGUUUAUCGCUCCCGUGGUUUCCACAACGACCGAAGCCAUCUGGAAGGUGUUGGAGAAAACAAUCCAGGAAGUGCGUGGCCAAGUGCGAUCCAAGAACGAAACCGAAACGAAAGACCCCAUGGCACCCGUGGACGUUGGAGAUGAAUCUACGGUUCCAACGGAUGUUGAAGGAUCAUCUGAGGAUCAUCCCUUCUUCGGAGAGCUCGAUGUAAUGCACCAGGCGAAGCAGAAGCGUGUGGCCCAAUUCCGACUGACGGUACACAAUCUGCAUACAAAAUCGAAUGCACCGGUGUUGCUGCCUAACGACACCGCACAGUACCGUCAGUUUUCCUGCACAAAUAUUACCCAGAGGAUCAACGUGGCCCACCGGUGUGAUCGUAUCGUCGAUUGCGAGGAUGGAAGUGACGAGCAGAACUGCACCUGUCGUGACUUCCUAAAGGACAAGUUUGAUUUCCUCAUUUGCGACGGCAAGACGGACUGUCUCGAUCACACGGACGAGAAGGACUGCAUGGACUGUCACGCCGGUCAGUACGCUUGCCGAAUCAGCCAGGUUUGUGUGCCCCGGGAGCAGGUGUGCAAUGGACACCCGGACUGCCCGUUGCACGAAGAUGAACUGGAUUGCCUUGCCCUCACCGAUGGCCAUCGGGUGUACUUUGACGCGAACAACCUGACGCUGUUCCGCAACACCGGUAUCGUGACGAAGAAUACGAACGGAACCUGGGAGGUGCUGUGUGGAGCCGUACUCACGGCAAAGACGGAACACGCCAUCGAGAAGAUCUGUUCGUUCUUGGGCUUCGCAGGCUAUCGCAACUACUCGCUGCUGACCUUAACACCCGGAGAACUUCCGGCAGGACUGCUAGUGAACGCGGGAGACCAGCCCUACGUCAACCUGACCGUGGAGGCCGGUUGCCAGGCGCUGCGGGUGUCCUGUGCGCAACACAUCAACGCAACUGAGCACGACAUCGCACACUUUGAGCAUCAGCACAAUCAAGAGCCGGUGCAGGUGAACAUCCGACCGGUGAAUCCGAUCCAUCGACCGCACCACAUGCCACAAAUCGUGUUCCAGGAGAAUGCGCACAUCGAGCUGGUGGAGAACUUCGGCGAUGAUUACGACUGGCCGUGGAAUGCCGACAUCUACCUUGAUGGGGUGUUGAUCUGCAGCGGGUUGAUCAUCGACUCGAGCUGGAUCAUUGUCGCGAGCAGUUGCACGCGAAUGGUGAACCUUCGCCACCAGUACAUCGCAGUAGUGGCCGGUGGGGCCAAGUCGUACCUCCAUAUCGCCGGUCCAUAUGAGCAGGUGGGGCGAGUCGAUUGUUAUCACUUCAUACCGGAGGCAGAAACGGUGAUGUUGCAUCUUGCUAGCCCACUCACCUUUAGCCGGCACGUUUUGCCGACGUUUGUGCCCGAGAGCGAUAACCUCACCGACAGUGAGUGUCUAGCUGUGGGUCAGGACAAGUAUGGCCGAACGAAGACACUGCGAGUGCACUUGAACAGCACCGAUUGUGGCGGAGAGCGAGUUCGCUGCUACCACAAGGACCUCAAGCAGCCGUACUACCACCACGAGUCCUGCUAUACACCAGAGGCGACCCGGUCCGGAGUGAUCGUGUGCAAGACGAGCCGGUCAGGUUGGUAUCCGGUAGGGUUCUACCAGAACAAGCGAGGUUUAUGCGGGUUCAACGAGGUUGUGCGAGUAACGAGCUUGGUUGAGUCGUAUCAGAAGAUCCAGGACGUGCUGCGAAAGGAACAGUGUGGUGUACAACAGUACGAGGAACCACCCUGUGCAGGCAAACGCUGCCGGUAUGGGAAGUGUGUUGGCGAGCGGUUACUGUGUGAUCGGAAGCCUGACUGUAGUGACGGUUCCGAUGAGGAUCCGGUUUUGUGUGCGGCUCGCAACCACACUAGCAACUGCCUGGCUCAUCAGAUGCGAUGCGCUAACGGGCGGUGUAUCGAUAAGAGUAACUUCUGCGAUCGGAAGAAUGACUGCGGUGACUCCACGGAUGAGCCACACGAUUGCUCCUGCUAUACGUACCUCAAAAUCACUGACCCGGGAAAGAUCUGCGAUGGAGUACGCAACUGCUGGGACAAGUCAGACGAGAACCCGCGCGUGUGCCGGUGUCAUCCAUCCAGCUUCCGGUGUGGAGAAUCAGACAUCUGCGUGCCGUACGAUUUCGUCUGUGACAAGGAGCGCGAUUGCCCGGAUGGAGAGGAUGAGCUGUACUGUUACGCGUUGCAGCAAAACUCGUACGAAGCCGGCUAUGGGGAGCUGAUGGAGCAAAGCUAUGGCAUCUGGCGGUCAAAGUGCUUCCCUAAGACGGCGCAGUUUGAUGACGAGUAUAUGCGGCGUAUCUGCGAGCAGCUCGGAUACAACCAAGUGCGUAAAAUCUAUGGGCGUGCCAUCGUGGAGGGUACUCGACUUCGCACGGCAAACGAGACGGAAAGCGCAGUCGAUAAGUUGCGCCGUGCUGCAACGAAGACAAUCGUGCAGAACAAGUUCUCGAAGGUGGUGAUCAACGACAACCACACGUUCUACAUGAAGCCGAGUCGACCGAUGUUCAAGCUGAUCAACUGGAAUGACGAGGACCAGCAGCAUUGCCACAGGUUGGAGUUGCUGUGUGCACCAUAA